GCGGAAGCUGGCCGAGCGCACAGAGGCGAGCGUGCAGGUGUCCGAGUUCAACGUCAGCUGCAAAGGUGCCGGGGAGAAGCUGGUUCUGUCUGAGCUCCUGCAGCCCAUCCAUCCCAGAUCCGCCCUGAGCAGCGUGAAGAAGGAGCUGACCAAAGUGAAGCAGAAGAAGGCAGUGGAGCUGCCACUCAGCAAAGAGGAGGCGAAGCGGGUCGUCAGGGAAGCCGCCUACGUCAGGACCUCCAAAGACGUGGGCAAGUGGCAGGAGGUGGUGCUGCAGAACCGGCGGGCAGAGCAGCUCGUCUUCCCCCUGAAGCAGGAGAUCGCCACGGUCGUCCCCCUGGAGCAGGCGGUUUCGGCGUGGAAGGCCCGCACUCCCCUGGAGCAAGAGAUCUUUGGGCUGCUCCGCAAGAACCAGCAGCCCAUCACGGACCCGCUCCUGACGCCGGAGGAGGCGGCCUCGCUGCAGGCAAUGAGCUUGGAGGAGGCCCGGCAGCGGCGGGCAGAGCUGCAGAGGGCUCGGGCCGUGCAGUCCUACUACGAAGCCAAGGCUCGGCGAGAGAAGAAGAUCAAGAGCAAGAAGUACCAUCGCGUGCUGAAGAAAAGCAGGAGGCGCAAGGCCUUGAAGGAGUUUGAGCUGCUGCACAAGUCGGACCCUGAGGCCGCCUUGGCGCAGCUGGAGGAGCUGGAGCAGCUCAGGAUGCAGGAGCGGAUGAGUCUUAAGCACCAGAACAAGGGGAAAUGGGCCCGCUCCAGGGCCAUUCUGGCUAAGUAUGACCUGGAGGCCCGCCAGGCCCUGCAGGAGCAGCUUAGGGGGAAGCGGGCCAGGAACAAGGAGCUGACGCAGAAGGUGCGGGUGGAGCUGCGCGAGGAGGAGCCGCCUGACGUCCCCGAGGAGGACCUGGCGUCGGUGAUCGUCCCCGUCGUCCCUGCGGGUGCCAGCACAGCUAAUCCCUGGAUGCUGGGCCAGCCCAGCGGCCCGGCCGAGGAGCCGGAGGUGCAGGAGGGUCCUGGAGAGGUUUUGGCACCUGGUGCUGCGGAGAGCAAGGAGGAGAUGGAGGAGGAGGAGGAGAUGUCGGAGGAGGAA